AUAAAGGGCCGUCCUAAAACGCAUCUCAAACUUCUUCGCGCUGACCUGUGUUUCAUUGCGUCUCCAGACGUGGUGGUGAGUGCGGUGUGUGCGCAUGUGUGUAUGUGUGUGUGUGCGCAAGAAUCCAAUGUUAAUAGCUGUAUAGCCCACGGUCUCCGGAUAACCAUCAGCAGUAGCCAGCAGUUGCAAAAAAACAUUUCGGGGUGAUUUUUUUUUCUGCUCGGAUUACUAACUUAGGCGUUGGAUAUGUGCACGCGGGAUGACGAGAGCCUCUUUCCUCACCGUAGAAGUAAAAUAAAAUAGGCUUUCGCAUACUGUGGAUUUACUCCUCCCGUUCCAUAUGAAGAAGUCAAAAAUUUGGAUACGCGCCUAUGUCCACGUACUGCUGUGCAUCACGCUUGGAGUUUAUUCAAGUGAAUUUGACGUCAACCCUGUGACAGAUGACAUCGACCGACUGGCUGUUCUGAGAGAAAAUAUUCCUAAAGAUUACAAGAUUCCUGUACAUUUUGUUCCCAAAGAAGAGGCCGGGAUGUGUUGGGCGACUUUAAAUGUGUAUUAUUUGGAGGACAGUUUAAAAGAGUUAUCACAUACAUUUGGGAACAUUUCAUCAAACAGAAAAGAUAUCAGCAUUUUUAUACAAAUGCUGCAAGAGGUGCGUCUCAAAAUGGGAUCUGUGGAGAUGACGAUGUAUGACUUUGAGUGCCACUACAGGAAAGAGAAGUGGCCGACUGCGCGAUACUUUAACUUUGUGAAGGACUUCCUCAUGGAGGCUCAGUUCCCAGACGAUUCAGCCGACUGUGACCCUCCGCCCUGUCCCAGCGCAGCACAGGAGACGUCCACACCGUACGCUACAGAAUCAAGCGCCUCGUUCAAUACUAAAGGUGACUGCGAUCCCACAUCCAAGGACUGCAAGUCAUGGAAUGACACGCUGAGGUUCCUGCCAGAAGCUGUGGAGCGAAGCCUUCUCUCGCUCCUCUUCAUUCCCCUGGCGGCCAUUGUAUUCCUGAUCGUGUGGAAGGUCAGAUCAAGAAAAAAGAGGGACGAUGUGGAGCAGAAUAAUGAAGACGGAGGACUCUUCACAGGGACACAAGAGACCGCUCAACGGUUAGAUGGCGAAAUAGCAGAAAAAGGCAAGCUGAACGUCAUUGAAACGGUGUAAUCCGGGGAUUUACAAGUCUUCACCAGUGGCAGUGGUUUCGACUUGAUUCUCCUGUUGUUGGAGGAAGACGAGGGCCGCGCGGACGACGAAGGGCUGAAUUCCUGGGCGCCGGCUCCAUUGGUCAACCGUCUGCAUUCGCUUCCUCCCCGUCGACCGCUCUCUGAAAAGUGACAAUGGCAGCGCUAUUGUCCCAGCUGUUUUUUUUUUCUUCUCCUGGUUAAAUCACGCCUGCUCAUGUUGGAACAAGCUUGCCUUUCUUGUAAGACUACACACUAACCCAGUCAUACUCAAAAGAACAUACCAAUUUUGCAGAAAGGAUUCCUCUUUUUUUUCUUUUUUUUUUUUUUUUUUUUUUUUUGUUGUUUCGUUGACGUGUGACAUCCUUCAACAACACCCCCGGAUUCUCUCUGUUUCAGUUUUUUUGUGUCCUCUGCAAAAAAAAAAAAAUCGUUGAUCUCCACCUGCUGUAUCAAGACCUCUUUGGAUCAAAACGACAGGACAAGAACACAAACGUUGCCUCCGGAGCACAUCCCGUCUGCACAACGCUCUGACUGUUGCAUAUUUCUUUCAUGAGGCAUGAAUUCUACCUCUGGUCCCCCUUCCUGUUAAGUAUCACCCCUCCUGGAUAUCCACCCCCUACCCCCACCACUACCCUCACCCCAUCAUGGGCCCCUCAGAGGACGUCAUGUUAAAGAUUAGAGCAUUGUAGUUCAAAGAUGUAUUUGCAGUGUAUCUGGAUCAGCCAAGUACCCAUACGGUUGUGUAAUGUAUUUAUUUAUUUCUAGCAACAUCGUAUUGCUGCUACGGAUAUGACAACGGGCAAUGUUUUCAAUCCCGCCUCUGCUAAUCAGGAAUCUGUCUACAUGCGCAUUUACAGGACAACGUAUGCAUCUAUAAAUUGUUUCUUGUUAUGUAUAACACAAAUACAUAAUGAUAUGAAUUAUAAGCAAUUGUGAUAUUCUAAGCCCCAAACGUUACAUUACCAGAGACAUUUCCAUGUGUGGCGUGAUGUGUUUGUCAGUGUAGGACUUGGGUCAUUGGGUUAUAGGACUGGAUUAUAUAGAGAGAGAACCCACACAAAAUGUGCUGCUUUGAUAUCGAUUUAAAUUGUAAAAAAAGGAGAGGCGAUGACCGCGUUCCCCUGAUGAGGAUCAGGGGAGAGAUCCCAACGGCUUCAAAGGACGACCUUUCAUUCUCACGCUAUGCCGUGACCUUCUCUGGUACGCAGUGUUCAGAACCUCUCAAAGAGCAGGUAUACAAAAGGUGUUUUGUUUUUUUAUCUAUAAAGAAAAUUAACUAAAAUAAAUGUGUACAUCAAAACCUUAUAUGUAUAUGAGAAAGGGACAUAUAUGAGAAUAAUCGCUUUUUAAAGGAAACCAAUCGGCGCAUCAGAGCAAAAACCAGGCUAGAUGACCGAUGCUUUGGGAAACCGGUUUGGGUAGCUUUCAAAGAUUGAGAAAAAUAGUUUAUUCCAAAACAGAUCCCUGGCUGAGAGUGCGUUGUUCACAUUCCAUGUUGUUCCUCAUGCUUCCUCCUCUUUCUCUCCAGACCUACCUUUUGUUUAGUUCCAAUUUUGCACAAUGAAAUCAUGCACCAUAAAAUGUACACAGACUCUCACACAAGUGCUAGUGGACAGAUACUUCACAUAGAAUUUGAUGUGCUUUAACACCCAUCUCACAUGGCACGUAUUCCCGGAAAUGUGUAUGUUGUAAUGCGUUAAAAAAUCCCCCAAAUCACUCCUGAAUCUUUGCCACAGUAUAUAAACAUUAUAUGUAUGAGAAAAGGCCUUAUUUAGUGCAGAUGUGAAAUGAAAAACGAAAUAAAGGGUUGCUGGCUACAGGCUAAAUGUAUGCUAAGGGCAAAUCGAAAAAAGAGUUCUCAACAAGGCGUCUGCACUGUUCAGUCUGCAUCUCACAUUUGAAACCAUGAAGCCAAGCAAUUAGGGAGUGUGUGGGGUCCAGAGAGAUACUAGAUUCCUCUGGAAUCAGGCACAGUAGACCCUGGCAGGGCUGCGUGCUAUGAGACCUGGUCUGAGAUCCAUUAUGAGUCUGGAAACGGAAAGGGGAAACGUUCUUUAUUUUGUGUUGUGUGUUUAUGGGAAAUGACUUCUCAAGACCCUUGGCUGAAACACAGAGGUUUAUAUGUUCUAAGUUUUGCCACAUGCAGAGGAACAGUGUUUUUCAAAUGAAUUACUGGAGAGUCGAGUGUGCGCAGCGUAAAUCAUGGGGAUUUAAACAUUUGAUCCUUUGUGAAACAUGACUGCGUUUUUGCUCUGCACCCUGUCCAAGCGGUUGGUUUUGUGCCUUAUUUGAAUGGUUAGAUUGGCUCCAUGUGGAACUGUCAAAGCCUCUCAAUGUUUCCUGGCGGUCCAAAACGGUAAAGGCCCUUGUAGUCUUUUCCCAUUGGAUUCUCCUCAAAACACUGCUGCACAUUGUAACAAUCACAGACAACAACCGCGGUAGAUGUCCACCACUUGCUAAACACAACCCUCUGCGUUUGGUUUCCUUGAUUUAUAAUUAGUUAACUAUAUAUUUGAGAGAUCUGCCAUUGGGAACCGUUUUUAUUUUUCUGCUGGUAUACAUUUACUUUGCAAAAUUGAGUAGCCGUACAAAAAAAGCAAGGUAAUAAAAUAAUAAAUUGGUGUUCAGCACAAACACAUAUAGAACCCAUGAAUAUAGCUCACCAUGACUAUCUCUGAAAAUGCUUGGUGUAUGAAAAGUGUUGUUUGCUGUUUUUAAAAAAAAUGGAUUUCUUGAAUAACCUUCAGAACAAACCAACUGUCGCAAUGUAGGCUCAGAAUUGUCGUAUUUUUCCACAGAUUUGCGCCAAAAUAAGCCGUUCAUACAUUAUGGCUUCUAUCUUAAGAACUGGGCAGGUCAGGAUAGCCACACACUCAUGCGCACAUAUCAAACAAGAAACACAUACACACAAAACCAUCAACAGUUUUCUUUUUUGUUGUUGUUUCUACAUAAUCUGUUAAAGCGUAUGAACUGCAACAGGUUUAAACUGUGAAGAAGAAGAAGAAGAAGAAGAAGAAGAAGAAGAAGAAGAAGAAGAAGAAGAAGAAGAAGAAGAAGAAGAAGAAGAAGAGGAGGGAAAGGAAGAAGGAGAAUAAGAAGACUAAACACACAAGAUGUGCUCAGCUUCUCAAGGCUUUUGGAAUCUGUAGACAGUCUCCCAUGUCCGUCAAAGUCAGUGACAAUGUCCAUUAUGCGUGUCGGAGGAGUGGGAAUAACUGAGGCUGAUGCCCUGCGCUCACCAGGACGGCCCCCUGCUCUCUGACAGUGCACUCCAUGUUCUGAGAGACAAGGGCAGAGAGAGGUCAUCUGCAUUCUGAACAGUGCUUCUGAGCUGCAGUGACCGCAUACAUUGUACUUCACUGGGAGGUUUUGAAUGGCUCCAGGCAGAAAAUCAGUCUGGGUGCCAAAAAAAGAGAGAAACAAAAAAAAUAUGUAAUUAUUUCCUGGCUGAUAUGCUGGGGUGAAACUCUACUGCAUUGUGUAUUUUUGUAUAAAUUUAAACAAAACAUAUAUGAGUUACAAAUAAAGUACAUGUAUUCAACUGCUGUGGAAUCAAGUGUAUUGUCAAUCAGCAGCUGUGGGACUUGCCAGGGGUUCACAGAGUAAGGCCCGGUGGUGUGUAGUCAGUAUUGGCAUGCAAUCAUCUCUGUCUCAUAAACACAAACAAGCCUAGAGACCCUAACCCUUUGCACAUAAAGCCUGACCUGUAAUAUAGGCUUUGUGUGCACCGUGCAAGUCAAGGGACUGACAUAAAAGUGUAUAUUUCUAAGGGAAAGAGCAGCUGCCAUCACACAUUGACAUUGCACACUCUCAGGUCCCGGUACACCUGUGGCAGAAAGUGAAGCGGCCAUUACAAAUAAGUAGGAGUCAAACGGACAUGUCUCAAGGCUCUUUACCUGAGUAACGAGUCUUUGACUGCUUAUAGUUUGACCUUUACUUAGUCAGGUUGAAUCUCUCCCUUGGAGUUUUGUUAAAGAGUAUUUUGUUACCUCAUUAAAAAGUUUAUAUCAAGCUUUUAUUUAAAAAGCCCACUCUGUUGAUGUACUCUGUCUGUCUGUGUAUCAUACAGAAUGACUUAUGAAAACAUGUCUGUAAAGGACCACAGAGUGAAAAAGGACUGUUCACCGGGUGAGUGUUUGAUGUGGUUAACCUGGUACUGACUUAGGUUGAGGUCUGUGAACACCAUACAAAUAUGUUAGGAUGAUGAAUGAGGUCUGGCCAUGCGUGCGUCUGGCUCGUUUCUGGGAGGACAUCGCUCACGUUCUUCUUAAUUAGAUCAACUCUCUGUCUGGCUCCUGCUGCAUUUUUUCAUUUUUUUCAGUUUCCUUAGGGGCUUCCUAUCCUUUGAAUUGUUAAUGUGAGCAUUUAGACGUAAAAGCAUGAUUUGAAUACUACAGAGAUUGGCGUCAUGCCACGAUUAAAAGUGUUAACUGUGGAUAAUAUUAUACAGAUAUAAACCAUGUCCACAAUAUAAUAUUGAGCUGAUGAAAAAUGUUGAGGUCUGUAUGGUAUAGUCAUAACUUUUAUUUGUUUUACAGUUGUUGCUCAAUUAUGGAUGAUGGGAGGUUUAAACUAUAAUAUAAGGAA